UCCGGCGGCGGCGAAGCCGGUGGUUCGGACGGGCGCGAGCGAGACCGCGAGCGAGAGCGAGACAAGGGGGCGCCCGGCCCAGCCCCCCCGCCAUGGCCUCGUUGCUCAAGGUGGACCCGGAAGUGAAGCUCAAGGUUGACUCUUUCAGGGAGCGGAUCACAAGUGAGGUAAGCGUCCUCGCCCAUCUCCCCAGAAUGGAACAUGGGGGCAGAGUGAAUGCCAUGUUGGGAUUCUAGCUUUCUGUUGGAUUGUGCUAUGAUCUCAGAGGUGCAGCAGAACCUUUCUUUGCAGGCUCCUUGCUGGCACUCAGCGCUUCAGUCACUCCCUGAGUGUGGAGAGUCUGUAGCCCUGUUGUUCUCCAGAGCCUUGGCAGAAUGGAGGGCUGCAAAGACUCUUCAGCCUUCAGGUGGGAGAGUUUGACUCUCUCUGAGGCUGAAGAUUUGGUGGCAAAUUUUUUCCCAAAGAAGUUGUUAGAACUUGAUGGAUUCCUUAAGGAGCCCAUCCUGAAUAUUCAUGAUCUCACCCAGAUCCACUCAGAUAUGAACCUUCCUGUCCCUGACCCGAUCCUUCUCACUAACAGCCACGAUGGACUGGAUGGGCCAAAUAUGAAAAAGAGGAAGCUGGAAGACUGUGAAGAGACCUUCCAGGGUACCAAAGUGUUUGUGAUGCCCAAUGGGAUGCUGAAGAGUAACCAGCAGCUAGUGGACAUCAUUGAGAAAGUGAAACCGGAGAUCAGGCUUCUGAUUGAGAAGUGCAACACGGUCAAAAUGUGGGUGCAGCUUCUGAUCCCCAGGAUAGAAGAUGGAAACAACUUUGGCGUUUCUAUUCAGGAGGAGACAGUGGCUGAGCUGCGGACUGUGGAGAGCGAGGCAGCUUCGUAUCUGGACCAGAUUUCUAGAUACUACAUCACAAGAGCAAAGCUGGUUUCCAAAAUAGCAAAAUAUCCUCAUGUGGAGGAUUAUCGCCGCACGGUGACAGAGAUUGAUGAGAAGGAAUACAUUAGUCUGCGCUUAAUCAUCUCAGAGCUGAGGAAUCAAUAUGUCACUUUGCAUGAUAUGAUCCUUAAAAACAUUGAGAAGAUCAAGAGGCCUCGGAGCAGCAAUGCUGAGACUCUCUACUAAGUGUCAACGUUUGAAUUGAGAACUGUUCAGUCAACUCAAAGACCGUCAUUGCCUUGGUUUGUUACAUGACUAUCGAGAUGGGAAACUGGCUGGAAAUAGUAUUGCACUCUUAGUUAAACUCUAAAGAAACCCUCGCCUAGUUCUGUGAUUGGUUUUGUUCAGGUCUUAGGAACUCUCCCUAAUGUAGUAAUUGGUAUUGAGCAGGCCCCUGCCAUGGGAUGUGCAGGCUACUGAGAGUGAGCAGCCGCCAGGCAGGAAUGCUCCUUCAAGCCUUUCUUCCUACCUAGGUGGGAAUUGGAUGAGAGACCAAGCCCUGGGGUUCUCUCUUCCCCCCCCUUUCCCUCCCCAACCUGUCAGCUGCAGAGUUUCCUUGGGGUCCGUGGGAAUGGAGGAGAUGCAGUGUCUUCAGCACUAGACUGAGUCCACAGUGUGUGUGCUGGCUGCGAGGCGCCAGCUGUUUUUCAGUGCCAUCAUCGGAGUGAACCCUCUGCUGCUAGUCGUCUUAUGCUUGGUAAUGGCAAGGCUGGGAGCACGUGCCCCUUUGGAGCAGGCGGCUCCCCUAGCCCAAGCUACAGCCACGGUCAGCAAAGUGCCAUUGAGAGAUUUGUAGGUUCAAACAAGCCAGGAAAUCGCUAUCAAGUUAGAUCCCACCCAGUUUGUCCCUCUCCCUUGUGAAAUGCAGCUAGAUCCAUGCAGAGGGCUAUGUGGAGCACCUGUCACUAAAGCUGGUUGCCACCAGCCACGUCCCACUGGGCUGGCAGGUUCAGAGCCCGGGUAGCUUUUGCUCCUGUGUGUAGCUUUCCUCUUGGCUCUGCAAAAGCAGUUUCUUGAUUAAAAUAAUGUUAAUCUCUCACACGUCUCCUUCAGCGUGAGGCAUUUCUGUCCAGAAUGAAGUUAGGGAGAGGCCUGAGCUCAAAUUUUGAAGUCCUCAUAGUUUCCACUGAUGCUAAGGAAAUAGCUGAGUGUACUGUGGGGCAGUGUCUGGCAGGCUGGCUGCGAUAGCUGAUCUAUUGGGAUGAGGACGGCCAAAAGCAGCCACAGCAGAUCAGUAUCAAAACCUCAGCACCCCGUGAAAGGUACCUCAAUUCCUUCUCCUGUGCCCAGGAGCUCCUCCCAGGCCACUGGAACGUUUCAUGGUCCAUUGCAAACCCCAUGGGAAACGGUCGGUUGCAUUGUCAGUUUUUGUAUGUGCGUGAAAUGGGCUCAUGACGCUGCAGCUCCUUCUACGUUUUCUUAUUUAUGGUAUUUUUACUUCACACCCUCCUUUGGGGAAAGCUGGAUCAGUUGAUCCUGGACUCCUGAAGUUUCCAUGGGUCUCACUGUCACAUCUGUAACUUCUUGUGCAGUAGCCUUGGUGGUAGUUAGUCGUGAGAAUGGAACGAACGUCCUCUCCUUCCCUCUUGCGUUCUGUUGCUUUUGUUUCUUCUAUGCUGAAGAGCCACGGUGUCUCUUGCUGGUUUCUUAGGGGUCGCUCUGAGCGUGGAGAGCCCCCUGCCCUUUCGAUAGACUCCUUCGUUGUUGUUUGUAGUAAGUCCAAUCUUCGUCUUCCCUUUAAUAAAUAUUCAGUAACAAACCAACUGCGUCUUAGCUGCUGCCUGGGAGCAGCACUGUCACUGUGUGUUUCUUUGUACUGAUUCCUUUUUACUUGUUGGACUGUUCAACUUUCCUUGCCAGAUGAACGUCUGUAAAACUUUUACCAUGUCAAGAAAUUAAAAUAUAGGUACUUUGAA